AACUACUGACGUUAGAAAUGAAAGGGGGAUGUGUGGUUCCCUUGUGGGUUUUUGGGGAACCGUCCGGUGGGAGGAAUGAUUUCCAUUUUUUUUUUUAAUUUUUUUUAGAGCGAGGAGAGUUUGUUCUUUGGUCCUUACGCCAGGUAACUACUGCCGUUAUAGUUAGAAGGGAUUUGUGCAAUCCUUUUGUUGCUCUUUGUGUUUGGUCGGAGGUAAUCCAUGUGGCUCUAUAAAAUCCACCCGAAAGAGAGCGUUUUCCUAUCCCAUAGUUUAUUAUCGCCAUUAUCAUUGGUCAUAUAAGAUUUAUCGACUACCGGCCGAGGGAGCAUUUUAUGACGCCCGGGAAUUGAUAUCCAUUUUUUCCUUUCCUGUUUCUAUUUAGCCAUCGAAUUACGGCAUCAAGUGAAGACCAUUCGAUCUCCUAUCCGAUGCUAUCAUAGGAAACGUUUCCUUCCAUUUCAUAUAAUGAAACGUUCAUGAUAUCGUUGAAAGUAAAUUUAUCUAAAAAUGUGAAGAGUCGAACGCGAUUAACGUAAUUUCACUAAAGAGUGUCCUUAUGAAAGAAUUUUUCGGAUUAACUGGAAAUUGGGGUAAAUGUGAAAUUAGCCCAGACCGUAAAGAAACGAGGGCAUCGGAACAGAACCUAACCGUAGGGUGUAUUAACAUCCCAGGAAACCGGAAAAGAGUUAAGCACCGUCGCCAAGCCACGCUUUCCGGCGAUUCUCCUUUUUUCCCGCCACUUUUCGAGUGCACCACUCGAAAAGCAUACAUUUCCUAUGUUCAGGUUUUUCCAUAAGUCUCCCCUUUCUCCCUCACACCAUUGACCGCAUAUUUAAUAAACCGGGUGCAUAUGCAACCUUUUCCCUCCCUUCCCCUUUUGCAUCCAACGUUGAAAAUGAGGAGGAGUUUUCAUUAUUUUAUUUGUUUUUCAAAGGCAGAAACUCGAAGGAUGCCCGGCUACUAUAUUUAGAUUUCCACACAAUUUCCGUAGUAAUUCCCUCUCCCUCGCACAUAUGUGCAUUUAACGGAGCGAGUACACGUGCAACAUUGUUCCUCCCGUUUUGCAUCUAAACGCGGCAUUAUCUCCUUUUUCCUGGAAGCCGCUUUCGUGGGUUACGCUCAAAAAGCGUGCAAUUAUGAUAUUAAACCUAAGCCAACGUUCGUUCUGGUCCUGCGGUUCUUCUUUCGCUUCGGUUUAUUACUUUUUUACGCAAACUCCGAUAGCCUGCAUGCACGCACGGGUAGAGACACUAAAAAAAGAAGAUAUCGCUUUUGCAAUAAAUCCCUGCCGUCGGAAAUUCCAAUUUUCCGCCAUUUUUCUUCCGCUUCAUUCGAGAAAUCUUCGUCAGCGCUUUUUUCCAGCGACCACACAGUAAAUAGGUAUCUCUUCCUGUUUUCCCCGUAUUCGUCCUUAUUAUUAAACUCCUUUCCCUCGGUUCUCAUUCCCGCUCGUCGAUUAAAUCUCUCGGCGCCCUUCGUGCCUUCUCAAUACAGAGAUAUGGAAUUUUAAACAUUUCGCUUCACUCGGGUUCUUUUCAAAUAUCCGUUCUUUUUUUAUUUCCCGUAACCUCGGCCUAACCCAAAGGCCCCUCGCUUCUCCGCCGAAUUUCUGACUCCUGCAUCGUCAUCAGCGCCAUCCAUCGGCACACACCCACACCCCGCGGCCUGUCCCGUGUCGCAACCCGGUCCGAGGUGUUGGCGUCUCUCUCGCGCUCAUCCCCCGGCCCAUGGGUCCCUCUUCGUCUGACGCACGCAGCGCGCCUAUCGGCUCGACGUUCCACUUAAACGGUGUGUGUAGGUACAUGCGAGGAGAGCUUAGACGAGGUAGGCAGAGGGGUUUCCGGCGAGCGUUAACAGAGUAACAGAGUGAUGUAAUGAGGCCCGGAAGCAGCCAAUUUGCUGGCCGCGGCGGCGGCCGCAGUUGCGCGAGACAACCUGCCCGGUGUACCUUCUUCCACGUACAGGUCCCCGUCAGAGGGCCGAUCCUAAGGCCCCGACAAGGCCCGUUCUAAGCCCCCUUCGAAGUCCGUCCUAACCAGUGCCGGCGGUCCCGCAUAAGGCCCACCUUAAGGCCCACCUGAUAUAUCAGGGGCAAGUGUGGAGGGUAGGGAGGCAGACAGGUGCCUCGGCUCGCCAUUGGUCCCCGUUUUUGGGCACGGAAGGAAAGGUCCUUCCUUCUGGCACGCCUUUGGGGCCUUAAGAUUCGACCUAGGAUUGGGCCCGACAUGCCCCGGACGCGCCCAGGGAGGGAUCUCGCAGGAUCAGGGGCGGUUUGGUGAUGUACGACAGCGCUAGCUGUUCGUACGCAGGUGCGCUCGACCUAAAGGGACCCUCGGGGACGACUGCCGCUGGCGUGGCGGUCACCGCGGCAGGAGUCAAGCAGGAGAACUGGCCGUACCGGGGCCUGGCCUGCGGAAGCACCUUCCAGCAGCUCAAGCAGAGCGUCGAGAAGGCGAAGCAAGCCCUCGUGGACCGAGGGGGAUACCUGGCAGGGGCAUUUUCUCCCCCGCCGCGCGGCACUUCUUCGGCCAUCUCGCCACCCGCCUCCAUCACUGAUGCCAGCAGCUCGUACAAGGGAGGCUGGAGCCACGCCACAUCCCCAGCACCUGGCCAGGGUUACGGAAGCAGCCUCUCGAAAUCAGCAUUGGACACGCACUCUCACCUCCGGCAGCCUGAUCCGUACCAAAUGUUCGGCGCGACGAGCAGUCGCCUCGCCAGCUCCGGUUCCGGACAGAUUCAACUCUGGCAAUUCCUGCUGGAGCUCCUCUCCGAUUCCAGCAACGCGGCCUGCAUCACGUGGGAAGGAACCAAUGGCGAGUUCAAGCUGACCGACCCUGACGAGGUGGCCAGACGAUGGGGGGAAAGGAAGUCGAAGCCGAACAUGAACUACGACAAGUUGUCGAGGGCCCUCAGGUACUACUACGACAAGAACAUCAUGACGAAGGUGCACGGGAAACGGUACGCCUACAAGUUCGACUUCCAAGGUUUGGCCGCGGCUACCCAACCGGCUGCGGCCGACCCAGCGGCGUACAAGUACCAGAGCGAGUUGUUCAUGUCAGGGUACGGCCACGCAAAGCUGAACCUGAUGCCACCUCCGGCAGCCUCUGUUUCGGUCUCGGUUCCCGGAGGACUCUUCCAAUCGGCCUCUAGCUACUGGUCGAGUCCCGGGGCGAAUCUCUACGCCGGCCACCACACGGCAUCGGGUCACGUACCGGCGCAUCUCGGGACUUAUCCGCACUACGCAUGACCCACCCCGGAGCACUGGAGCGCCUUGGG